AUGAGUGAAUCACGAGCCACUGUACCUGUACAGGUACCAAAUAUCGAGGUUACCGAGAAUCUCACUUCCAGUUCCCACCUCAGUGCCAGCGUCGAACGCCUUGUGGAGGUCACCCGACGACUAACCGUAUGUAAUCAGCUCCAGUCUGCCCUCAACAGUCAGACUGAUACAACCGAGUGUCCGGACGAUAAAUACAAGACUGCCCCCACAUCGGAUGUGCCUUUGGAGUUAGCAGAGGAAGAAAGGAUAAAACCCACCACAGGAACUGCUCACAGCUCGGAAACCUCUUCAACAUGUAAUUUAGCCACCCCUGAUAGUAAAACAGGACAGUCCCCUCAAUGCACUACGAAGAAGUGGGCUCGGUUAUUAGGAAUUUCCUCUGAGGAUAUUGGAGAUGAAGAGGAGUUCAUUGUAAGUUAUGAAGACAAUUAA